AUGGCGGUAGGGAAACCUCAGACCUAUAGCGAGCGUGUUGAAACGCCAAUUAUAGAGCUUCUACCCGAGACAGAAGAUUCACAUGCGGUUAUCUUGGAACCUUAUCAUGUUGAUCUGCUUCCAGAGUAUGAAUACGUCAGCAGAGAAUACAUGAUAAGCGGCUUUGCAGCUGGCGAACCAUAUUGCACGCGCCUGCUUCUACGAUGCCCAAAGGACCCGGAGCGAUUUACUGGGUUUGCAGUUGAGGAACCCUCGCAUCUCUGGGGAGGGACAAGCAUCUGGCGUCACAUCAAUAGGUGGCUCAUGCGCAAUGGGCAUGCCUGGAUCGAGAUCGAUUCGCAAGCCCCGUCAGCGAUUGGAAAGAUCAAAUUGGCUGAUCCAGAACGAUACAAGAAUAUGACUUUCAUUCCUGGGCCUAUCUCGGACCACUUUGCGGAUAACAUCCCGUUCGUGACAGAAAUCACGAAAGAAUCACUGCGAGCUGCAUACGAUGAGUUCAAGAAGGAGUGGUGGCCGGCGACUCUACAGUCCCCAGAAAUUAUCGCUGCUGCGUCUUAUGCUCUAAGGUCUGGUCAGCUAGGUCUCCGAGCUGACCGUGUUGUUCUUAGUGGACUCUCCCAGACGGGAGGCGUCACUCGUCGUUUCAUCACACACUCAUCGCACUUGAGACUACCAGGUGGUGAAUUGCCAUUUGAGGGCUUCAUUCCCUGUCAAUCUGGUGGUGAAGCUCUGCCAGACUUUCCAGGCUCAGCUAUCAUAGAGCUUUUAGGCGAGUCCGAAUUCCAGUCUGUGAGACUGUCCUGCGGUGUUAGCGGGCAGAUGAACGAGACCAAGCACCGCCGACCGGACAGUGAAGGAUUCAGAUUGUAUGAAGUUGCUGGCAUGGCCCAUCGAGAGUCCAGAUAUGCAUCUCAAGUUGAUUUAAAGCGUUGGUCAGUUGCUGACCUGAAAGGUGCAGAGUGGAGUACUUUUGCAAAUUCUUUUAUCUAUCACGCUGUUUUUGAUCUUAUGGAGAAGUGGACUAAAGACCCUCUCUUCACACCCCCUCCGAGUGCUAUUCUCAAGACUGUUGGAGAUUCUGAUGAGAUCGUUCGUGAUUUGCAUGGGAAUGCUCUUGGGGGCGUGAGGACAAUUCACACUGAUAUUCCACUUGCAAGGCUUGUCGCUGCGACCCCAAAGGGCCGUCCAAAUUGGUACUGGGGUUCUGAAUGGCCGUUUCAUGCUAAGAAGUUGAAAGAUUUGUACUUUUCAACAGCCAUCUAUCGACAGAGGGCAGGUCAGGUACUUCGAGAGUGCAUCGAUGCUGGAUUCCUUCUUGAUGCUGACGCAGAGACUUUACGUCGUGAAACUGUUGAGAAGGUCUCUUUCUAA